UGUUUGAUGUUAUGGUAUUGCAGUAAACCUUGGUGUGUUAGAUGGCUAACCGAGCUCCAGUCAGAACCAACAACUCUGCACUUAUUGCUAUGAUUGCUGAUGAGGAUACGAUUACGGGAUUUUUACUGGCUGGAGUUGGCAAUGUUGAUUUGCGGAGGAAAACAAAUUACCUUAUUGUGGAUUCAAAAACAACGGUGAAGCAGAUUGAAGAUGCUUUUAAGGAAUUCACUACAAGAGAAGAUGUCGCAAUCGUGUUAAUCAGCCAAUAUGUUGCCAACAUGAUAAGAUUUUUGGUUGAUAGCUACAACAAACCAAUUCCAGCUAUUCUGGAGAUUCCUUCAAAGGACCGUCCUUAUGACCCUGCCCAUGACUCUGUUCUCUCGCGAGUGAAGUAUCUCUUCUCUACUGAAUCAGUGGCAUCUGAAAGGCGUUGAUGAUGGAAUAGUGUUUUUUUACAUGCCCGAAUCAUUUGUUCAUAUCUGAAUGUUGUAUUCUAUGUCACCUUUGCCCUCGUACGUUAUUCAUU